UUGUCGAAGAAAACGAAGAAGAGCAGUGGCACGUCUUUGUGGAGGAAGAAUUACCAGGCUUGGUAUGGACAAUGGCAGUCUGGAAACCACACCAGUCACUCAUCUCACGCCGAGGAAGCAGUCGGCGGAGUGAAGAAGCCGUACAGAUUCAGGCCCGGGAACCUUUCUUUCUCCUCCGUGAGAUUCGCAAGCACCGGGUGGGCGGCGCUGCAGGAUUACUUAGGAGUCUUCGGUGGCGCCGGCCGAUGCUAUCCAAAAACACGAUUCCAAAGGCGACGCGAAGCAACAGAAACAGAAGAAGAAGAAGAAGAAGAAGAAGAACGCAGAUCGAAGAAGAAGAAUGAGAUCCGGAAAAUCCUCCAACCUAGAAUCCCCGGAUCGGAAGAAGAAGGACGCACAAACCCAGAUCCAAGAAGGAAUCAAAUCGGGGAAAUCCUCGUAUCUCGGAUCGGCCGCCAGAGCAGUGGUAUUCUGCCCUCUUUGGCUGGGAUAAGUCACGUUGCAAUCCAGUUUCCUGCGUAUGAAAAGAUCAAGUCGUAUAUGGCAGCAAGGGAUAAUACAACUGUCGACAAGCUAGGACCUGUGAAAGUAGCAAUUGCCUCCUCGAUAGCCAAAGUUGUAGCUUCUGUAACAACUUACCCCCACGAGGUAAUCCCUUCAAGGCUUCAAGAGCAAGGGCAGGUCCGAGGUUCCGAGGCUAGGUAUGCCGGCGUCGUUGAUUGUGUCAGGAAGGUGUUCCUCAAGGAAGGUCUUCCAGGGUUCUACCGUGGUUGUGCUACUAAUUUAAUGAGGACAACCCCGUCAGCUGUCAUUACAUUUACCAGCUACGAGAUGAUACAUAGGUUGUUGGAGCGCCUUAUACUCCCUGACAAGAGGCAUCCGAAGCCUCAACGUGAAAACAACCAAGGAAAGGGUGGAAUAGAUUAAUGGCGAAUAGUUGGUCUUGAACCAGGUGCAUCAAACGCACAAGAGAGCUUCCUCCAUACAUCUGUGAUGCAAAUGAAGAGUGGAAAUGGCAUCGCAAGUUCUUAUGUGUCCCACCCCUCACUGUUGCAUAAUUUUGAUUCCAACAAUUGUUGUUAUUCAUCUGGCAAACUCUCUGUAGUACCAUGAAGGUGAGAGUGAAUGAUCUUCCACUGCUGGAAGUGAGAGGAAGGUGAUGGAUAUGGAGGGUGAAAUCUGAAAGUGCCUUGGUGAUUGCAUUUAUCUCUGCAGAUUAGCAUAAGAAGACUAGUGGAUGGAAUGGUACUGGUUGUCCACUUGUUUAGUUGAAGUGGAUGCACUAGCUGCCGCCAUUUUCAUCUCAACGUUUCACGGGACAACCGAUCAUGUUCAGCAUUGCAGGUCAAGGGAUCUCGCUGCAGCAGCCGUUCGAAAUCCAAGGGCAAGAACUGCAGGCAAUGCUUUUGUUGUUCUAUGAUGUUUCAUGGUAUAUGUUGCAAAG